GCAGCAGCCCGUAGGUCGGUAUCAGGGGGAUCGUCACGUGUGGAGGAGGCGCCGUGUCUUGGUUUUCCAGAACGCAGAAGUGUGUUACGCUUUCGACGACAGAGGCAGAGUACGUCGGGUUUGGUGACGUAGUGAAAGAGAUUUUGUUUUUGAGGCAAAUUUGGCAUUUCAUGUUGCCGCAGGACGGCAUGCCGUGCAUCCAAGUCUUCGAGGACAACCAGGGGGCGAUUCAACUAGCGCAGAACCCCAUCUCAAACUCGAACUCGAAGCACAUGGAUGUAAGGCACCAUUUUCUCAGGGAACUGGUAGAGAGGAAGGAAAUUUCGGUCAUUCACGUGCCGUCGCCGUACCAGCGUGCAGACUUUCUUNACAUCUAUUGUUCUUCUGAUGGGUUGUGUGUUGGUUUUGCUUUCAUUUUCCUCGCCAAGUAUUCAUUACGCGCGAUGCAGCAUUCAUUCAUGUUACUUUGA